GUCAAAAUAAGUAAAAUAAUCAAAUCAAUAAAGAUGGCGAACCGCACGGUAAAAGACGCGAAAUCUAUUCGUGGUACAAAUCCGCAAUAUUUGAUUGAAAAAAUUAUUCGAUCACGAAUAUACGACUCUAAAUACUGGAAGGAAGAAUGUUUUGCUUUAACAGCAGAGUUACUUGUGGACAAAGCCAUGGAAUUGCGUUAUAUCGGCGGCGUACAUGGUGGCUUCAUUUACCCAACACCCUUUCUGUGUUUGGUUUUGAAAAUGUUGCAAAUUCAACCGGAAAAAGAUAUUGUAGUCGAGUUUAUAAAGAAUGAAGAAUUCAAGUAUGUUCGUGCAUUGGGCGCUUUUUACAUGAGACUCACAGGUACUUCGGUAGACUGUUACAAAUAUCUAGAGCCACUUUACAAUGACAAUAGGAAACUUCGGAAGCAAAAUCGAGAAGGGCAGUUCGAAAUAGUCCACAUGGAUGAGUUUAUAGAUGAAUUACUACGAGAAGAAAGAUUGUGUGAUGUUAUUUUACCCAGAGUGCAGAAACGCUAUGUGCUUGAGGAAAAUAAUGAGUUGGAACCGAAAGUGUCAGCUUUAGAUGAUGAUUUGGAUGAAGAUCUGCCAUCAGAUGAAGAUAAUGCGGAGCCUGAUGCCAAAGAAAAUAGAAGGGACAAGGAGAAAAGAGACAGAAGAAGAGACAGAUCCAGGGAUCGUGAUCGCCGUGAUAAGGAACGUAAGAGAGAACGCUCAAGAAGCAGAGAUAGGGAGCGCAGACGUGAACGGGAGAGGGAUAAGGAACGAGAGCGGGGUAAAGAGAGAGAUAGACUCCGCGAACAGAGAGAGCGGGAACGGGAGAAAGAACGAAGAGGGAAGGAUAGAAGAGAACCGGAAGGUGAUAGAAGGAGAGGUGGGAGAUAUUAGUGUUAAGAUUAAAUGGUUUAGGUUUA